GUUGAUUUCUAUAGUAUAUCGCGCGAACUGACGCUGCUGUGUUUCGCUUACAGAUCUGAGCAGACACGCAUGUUUUGCACGCUCGCGCGCAGACAGCGGAGCGCGCUGGAAUGGUAUUCAUGGGCGGUGGACGUAGAAAAUGACCUUUUUUUGAUAACGGCGAGGGCUGGGAUUUGUCGUGCUCAUCGCUAGAGUCAAUUUCUUUUAACUACACUUUAUUUAUGUUGAUUUAAUAGGUCUCCGUCGCUCGCGCAGUUUGGAUUUUAUUUCCAGAAUGGACCGCGUCAAAAGUUCCAUGCAGCAAGUCCCCAACCCGAUUCCCAAAGUGCUCAGCCGUCGCGCUGGCGGGGCCAACAGUUUGGAAGUUGAAAAGGAAAACUUCGAGCGUAGUCAGGCAGUGAGCAUCAACAAAGCCAUCAACACACAGGAGAUUGCUGUCAAGGAGAAGCAUGCCAGGACGUGCAUAUUGGGCACGCAUCAUGAGAAGGGGGCUCACACAUUCUGGCUUGCUGUCAACCGCCUGCCCCUUUCCAGCAAUGCAGUGCUCUGCUGGAAAUUUUGCCACGUCUUCCACAAGCUGCUGAGGGACGGCCAUCCAAACGUGAUUAAGGACUCCAUGCGGCACAAGGCUGACCUGAACGACAUGAGCAGGAUGUGGGGUCAUCUGAGUGAAGGCUACGGCAAGUUGUGCAGCAUCUACCUCAAACUGCUCAUCACCAAAAUGGAGUUUCACAUCAAAAAUCCCCGUUUCCCAGGCAACCUUCAGAUGUCAAACAGACAGCUCGAUGAGGCGGGUGAGAACGACGUCAAUAAUUUCUUCCAGUUGACGGUGGAGAUGUUUGAUUACUUGGAGUGUGAGCUGAACCUGUUCUUAGGAGUGUUCAGCUCGUUGGAUAUGUCUCGCUCUGUGUCGGUGACAGCAGCCGGCCAGUGUCGUCUGGCUCCUCUUAUCCAGGUCAUUCUGGACUCCAGUCAUUUGUACGACUACACCGUCAAACUGCUCUUCAAACUCCACUCCUGUCUGCCAGCAGAUACUCUGCAGGGCCACAGGGAUCGCUUCCAGGAGCAGUUUAAGAAGCUGAAGAGUCUGUUCUAUCGCUCCAGUAACCUGCAGUAUUUCAAGAGACUGAUUCAGAUCCCACAACUUCCUGAGAAUCCACCAAACUUCCUCCGGGCGUCAGCCCUCUCCGAACACAUCAGUCCAGUGGUGGUGAUUCCGGUGGAGUCUUCGUCCCCUGAGAGCGAACAUGUAGUAGAGACAGAAGACCUGGUGGACACAGACAUCCCACCUUUAGCGAGCGCUGUGGACAGCAAAUUCGACGACCUCUUUGGCACCUCAGCUGCUACAGACCCAUUCAACUUCAACAGUCAGAACGGCAUGCGUAAAGAUGAGAAAGACCGUUUGAUUGAGCAGCUCAAUGCGGAGCUACAGGCCCUGAAGGAGGAGCUGGAGUCCUUCAGAUUGGAGAGUGGUCGUCUUUGUCAAGCACUGCGGGGGCGUGUGAAUGAGCUGGAGGCGGAGCUUGCGGAGCAGACACACCUGAAGCAGCAGGCGUUGGGUGAGAGCGAGUUCCUGAGGGUGGAGCUCGACGACCUGCGCAGGGUCAAAGAGGACACCGAGAAAGAGCAGCGCAGCCUGAGCGAAAUCGAGAGAAAAGCACAAGCUAAUGAGCAACGCUACACCAAGUUAAAGGAGAAAUACACAGAGCUGGUCCAGAGCCACGCUGACCUGCUGAGGAAGAAUGCUGAGGUGACGCGUCAGAUGACGGUGGCCCGUGCCGCCCAGGAUGAGGUGGAGAAUGUGAAAAAAGAGAUGCAGGACAGAUUGAAAGCUGCUCAGGAUACUGCCAGUCAGCAGGAGAAGGUUCAGUUAGAGCAGCUUCAAGCUCUACAAGCCGAGCUCAUGUCCAGCAGAUCUGAGCUAGAGACCCUGAAGAGUACCGUCACCUCCUCGCAACAGUCAAACGAGCAGCUCAGUACUCAGCUGUCUGCUCUAGAGGCUGAGAAGGCGGAGCUUUUAGAGACCGUAUCUCAGAAGGAGGCGGGGCUAGCCAGUUUGGGGGCGGAGUUAGAGCGUGUACAAAGCUCUCUGACCAAUGAGAGGGAGAGCGGUGUGAAAGCUGCUGAGACCCUGCAAAACCAGAUCAAUGAGAAGGAGAGUCGUGAGCAGGCUCUGGAGAGCGAGCUGGUCUCUCUGCGCUGGGCGACUUUGCGUGCAGCACUAGAGGAGGCGGGGAGGAUUGUACAGGACAGCUUGAAUCAGCUAGACGACCCUGCACACAUCAGCUGCACCAGUUCAGCCGAUUACUUGGUGUCCAGGUGCCAGGUGGCUCUUGACUGCGUGGAGAGACUACAGUCAGCCAGAGACGCCUUUGUAUCAGAUAACACAGAUGUGUCCGGACUGGUGCGGGCAGUGACUCAGUUUGCUCACCUGGUGGGCGAGGUCAUCAUGCAGGGCAGUGCCACCUCACACAUGGUGCCAGUGGAGCAAGCUGAUGCAUUGGCAGACAACGUGAAGGCGUGUGGCGGGGAGGCCCUGGCGUUACUCUGCCAGCUCAAGGAGCAGAAGUCUAUGGGGACGGCAGACUGCAGCCGGCUGAGGGCAGCACUGGAUACCGUGAUGGCCUUGGGCGAGAAGUUGCGUCCUCGGGGUCUAGAACUGCAGCAAGGGGAGCUUGGAGAUCUGGUGGAGCAGGAGAUGGCAGCCACAUCGGCAGCUGUGGAGUCAGCCGCCGCCAGGAUUGAGGAAAUGCUCAAUAAGUCCAGGGCGGUUGACACUGGAAUCAAAAUGGAAGUCAAUGAAAGGAUCUUGGCAUCCUGCACCGAUCUCAUGCAGGCCAUCAAAGUGCUGGUGCUGUCCUCCAAAGACCUGCAGAGGGACAUCGUGGAGAGCGGAAGGGGGGCCGCAUCUAUGAAGGAGUUCUACGCCAAGAAUUCCCGAUGGACGGAGGGUCUCAUUUCCGCCUCUAAGGCUGUGGGCUGGGGUGCCACCAUGUUGGUUGAUGCAGCUGAUCAGGUGGUGCAAGGAAAGGGCAAGUUUGAGGAGCUGAUGGUGUGUUCACAUGAGAUCGCCGCCAGCACGGCUCAACUGGUCGCAGCAUCUAAGGUCAAAGCAGACAAGGACAGUCCAAACCUUUCCCGUCUCCGGCAGGCCUCCAAAGGGGUCACCCAGGCCACAGCGGGGGUCGUGGCAUCAACCAAGUCCGGCAAGUCUCAGAUCGAGGACACAGAAACAAUGGACUUUUCCGCAAUGACACUCACUCAGAUCAAGAGGCAAGAGAUGGAUGCACAGGUGCUGGUGCUGGAGCUGGAGACUCGGCUGCAGAAAGAGCGGGAGCGACUGGGUGAACUGAGAAAGAAGCAUUACAAGCUCGCUGGCGUCGCAGAGGGCUGGGGAGGAGAGGAAGAGGGAACGGGUUGAGACUCGUCGGGCUCUGUGCAGCAGCCCUACAGACGGGGAGCUUGACGUCUUUAUAUACACACAAUCUUUCCCUUCUCCCUUUUUAUUGUACUUUUUAGCUCUUUGAUUUCUUUCUUGUACAUUAAAGCCAAAUAAAAGGUGCUUUUUUU